AUGAAGACCUUCAAAUUGGGAGCAUUUUUUCUUAUAUUGCUUGUUUUCCUUAUUACUCAUUGUCUAGAAGCCGAGGCUCAAGUUUGCAAACCUAGUGGCAACAUUAAGGGCAGAAAAUCUCUUGGACAAUGCGCCAUGGAGAAUGACUCUAACUGUUGCAUUGAUGGCAAAUUCUAUCCAAUAUAUAGAUGUUCACCAACAGUUUCUAAUCAAACUAAGGCGGUUCUUACUCUUAACCCCUUCCAAGGGGAUGUAGAUGGUGAUGGUCUAUGUGAAUGUGACAAUGAGUACCACUCUGGUGACACACCAAUUGUGGCACUAUCAACUGGAUGGUAUAACGGAGGGCGAAGGUGCCUCAACUACAUCACUAUAAAUGCUAAUGGACGGAGUGUGAAGGCUACGGUGGUUGAUGAGUGCAACUCCUCCAUGGGUUGCGAUGCAGACCAUGAUUAUGAGCCCCCAUGUGCUAACAAUGGGGUCAGUGCCUCAAAAGCUGUGUGGAAAGCCUUGGGCGUGUCUCAUGAUAAUUGGGACAAGUUGAAUAUUACUUGGUCUGAUGCUUAAGUCUUUCAUGCUACUUCAAGUCAAUUAAAAGUUCUCCAUCACUUGAUCAUGUUGUUAUGAGUGUUAUGUUCUCAAUUAAUGAUUUUAUGAGAAUCAAAAACUAUAUUGACUUUAUAUGUGAUAUAUAUGCUAAAAUACCUUGUCUUCAACUCUUUGAUCUUGCUUCCAUGUUCUCAAUUCAUGGUUGUAUGAAUUCUA